AUCAAGCCCAUUUAAUUUCUUCUCCUCUUGCUUGGGUAGGGGAACAAAGUUGAUAGUUGGAUUGUCUUGAUUCAAUUUUUAGGGGUUUAAACCAAAACAACGUCAUCCACCUCCCUAAUCGAGCGUUCUUCCGCUCCCAAAACCCCCCACGUCUCAGUCUUCCCCGAUAAUGGCCCACCGCCGCCAUUAACAACCCCACCUCCACUACCUUCUUCAGAAAUACAUUCACUCCAAAUUUGGGUUUCAAGGUAUGCUCCCAAUAAUCUAUGUUAAUCCCAUUAAAUACAUGAUUUUUUACUUAUAAUUUCUGCCAAUUUUCAAGUUUCAAUCGAAAAAUUUGAUCCCCAUUUUCCCCAAAUUAGCAUGAACUAACAAGAUUGUGAAUAACCCUUUUUGGAUUUUGAAUUCAAGAGCUUAUAUUAGCAAUGAUUCAAAGAUUUUGUCUUUCAUUUCGACCCAUUCGUCGGUUUUCUGUAGUUGGUCGUAAUCUUUCUUGUUCAUCCUUUAACGCGGUUGAUACGCCAACAAUUAGCAAUUCAAGUAGUUGUGUUAGCAGUAAUCAUGAUAUUAAUAGUGGUAGUAAUUUUAGUGUUAAUGCUAAUUCAAGGAUUAAACCUAAGUUGGAAGAACCAGCUCUUAUUAAGCUUAAGAAAGAGAGAGACCCAGAUAAGCUAUUUAAACUGUUCAAAGAUAAUGCCCACAAUCGCCUUGUUAUUGAAAACAAGUAUGCUUUCGAGGAUACGGUUUCGAGGUUGGCAGGUGCUAAGAGAUAUGAUUACAUUGAGCAUUUGCUUGAGCAUCAGAAGUCCUUGCCUCAAGGUAGGAGGGAGGGAUUUAUUGUUAGGAUUAUAAUGUUGUAUGGAAGGGCGGGUAUGGUUAAACAAGCCGUCGAUACGUUCUAUAAUAUGCAUUUGUUUGGUUCUAAAAGGACUGUAAAUUCUGUCAAUGCUGCCCUGAAAGUAUUGAGUCAGACCUGUGAUUUGGAGGCUAUUAAUUCGUUCCUUAUGAAGGUACCUUGGGAGUUUGGGGUUCAGCUUGAUGUGAUUUCAGUUAAUAUUGUGAUUAAUGCUUUUUGUGGGAUGGGAAUAUUGGAUAAGGCUUAUUUAGUGAUGGUAGAGAUGGAAAAGGCAGGGAUAAAGCCUGAUGUUGUUUCGUAUACGACUCUUAUAUCAGCUUUCUACAAGUAUGGUCGUUGGGAGAUUGGAAAUGGACUGUGGAAUCUCAUGGUUUAUAAGGGAUGUUAUCCUAACAUUGCUACAUUUAAUGCUAGAAUCCAAUUUUUAGUAAGUAGAGGGCGAGCAUGGGAAGCAAAUGACUUGCUGGGCCUGAUGGAAAACCUAGAGAUGCAACCAGAUGAAGUUACUUAUAAUUUGGUAAUCAAAGGGUUUUGUCGGGCUGGGUUUUAUGAUAUGGCCAAAAGGAUUUUCUCGGCCUUACAUGGUCGGGGUUAUAAAGCUAAUGCUAAAAUUUAUCAGACUAUGGUACAUUACUUAUGCAUGGCAGGGGAUUUUAAUUGUGCAUAUUUUAUGUGCAAAGAAUGCAUGAAGAAAAACUGGACUCUGAAUGUAGACACCAUUUGUACAUUACUUAAGGGUUUAAAGAGUAUUGGAGAAGUAGAUAAGGCUGCAAUGAUAUUUUAUUUGGCUCAAAGAAGACAUCCUCCUUUUCCUGCGAGGCAGUUGGAUGUUUUUAAAGCCAUAUUAGCAAGAAGUUGACAUUUGACGGGUUGAAGUGCUCAUAUCAUAUCAUCUUCCUAAGCUACAUUGGCUGGUUGGUGUUAUUUACUAUCUUUGGUAUUGAGAAUUUGAACAGCAUGAGACAUUGUAUGGGUCAGGCAUCCAAGGGACAAUAAAAUUAUGUUCUUUCGUGUCCUAUAGCUUUUGAUGAACUAACUGUAAAUGUUGCCUCCCAAUUGUGCAUGAGGGAAGUAUAUAGACAGGAGUAACUUCAGAGGGUGUAAAGUGAUUCCAGAAAACCCUCUGUCAGUCCAAGAAUGAAGUUGAUAAUUAGGAUAUCAUUGUCAAAUUGCUGCCAUUGUUCUGCUUUUGGUAUUAACAGGAAGAAAGAAAUCCCAGUUAUGCAGAAGUCAAAGCUGCCUGUGGCAUUAGUCUCUCAUUUUUCUCCCGUGGGAAGUUUUGGCUUUCUUUUUUGGCUUUUUUCGGGCAAGUUUUCCUGCAAGCCUCAUAUGGAUAGGGUAUUUGAGCACAACUUUGAGAAGCUUCAAAGUUAUUGAUUCUUUAAUUCAUUUAUAGAUCAAUUGUUCUUAGAAAUUGGUAUACAAUGGGAAAAUACGAUACGCCUCUCUGUAAUUCUUUCCACUCUAUAGCUGAUUUUUCAAGCAAUAAAAAAAGUUACAUUUGGCCUAAGAAUUUCUAUCUCCAUUUCACUUCCCUCUUCUGCGGUGUUACUGUCUCUUGUCUGUUGUCACCCCACUGAAUAUUCAUUAUGACAAUAUCAAAGGUUUGGAUUUGAUGUUUCUGAGGUAAUUGGAUAGAUGUUCAUAGUCAAUUAGUCAAAUGUGUUUUAUCUUCUCCAUGUGUAUGUUCAGGUUUGGAAGUUUGUCUUCAUGUUAUCAUCAAUUUUUUGUGUUCCUUCUAGACAUGCGAUGCAUCAGAAACUCCAUUAGGUGAAAAUUAUUUCUGUUACAGGCCCUUGGAAACCCUAUUGCCACUUGCAAGUUACUUCAUACACACAAAUUAACUAA